CGGUUGUUUUCCGUUGCGCGGUUCGCAUCACAAAAGCGCAACACAGCUCGCGCGCGCGCGCGUACCAAUUGCGACGAGCCUUUUGUCGGAUUGUUGUUGUUUUUUUUUCCCCCGCAAAACAGUACCAACAGCAGACUAAUAUCGGUGCAUCGGAGUGAAGACAGACAAGCACACGUCACGAUGCAGCAGCAGUAGAAGUGAAGUGAAGUCCUUUUUCUUAGGGAAAGGAUAUCCUAUGUGUGGAAUAGUUGUGAAUAGUGUUUUAAAAAAUGUAUAGUGAACCAAAGUGAGAGAAAAGAAAAAAAAAAUCUACUAGCAUAAGAUCUAUGGAGUGGCGCAUCGUAAAUCGUAUGCAAAUGUGUAGCAAGUGAACCAAUGAGUACGCGACAACAGUAUAGCAUUUAAGGUUGGUGAUUAGUGUGCGCUGAAACAUAGUUUAAUUGCGACAAAUUGUAAUUGUAGUCGCGUGAUCGUUUGCAAAGUGCAACUUUACACACACACAUAAGAAAGAAGUGAGAAGUUUCAGUUCUAUCGGGUGGAAAAAAGAAAUUUCGUUACCGAAGCGCGGUUAUCCGGCAGAAACCAAAUCAAACAGAUUCGUCAUGUGCAGCAAAAAUAAUUUCAACGUUAUAAUGGAGAAAAUCAAUACGGGUAUCCCGACGUGCCCGAUCAAUUUGGCCACGUUGCGGACGCGGCUGCCCGAUCUCGGCAGCUGGAGCCUGCCCCACAUAUGCAAGGAAGCGGUCACGAGCAGCGGCGGCACCACCACACCGGAGGGCACUUCCGGUAACUACAGCAGCAACAUCACCGCCACGGCCGACGCCUUCUACCAGCCGACGGUGCCGGGUUCGCUACACACGGUCCCGGCCAACGGUACGGCCGUCACCGUACAGCCAACGGCCCAGCAACACUACCACCAGACGAAUCUGCACAAACACUACAAGGCACACAAAAAGAUGCCGGCCUUCCGUGGGCGCCGGGGCUGGUGUGGCUGUUUGCAGGAUGACGAACCACCCGAAAUCUGUGUGGUCGAAGGAGUGUUCUCCCUGCAAACACUCACACCCACCCAACCGAUGCCGGCCAUCGACGAGCUGGACAGCAAGUUCGCGGAGCUGGUCGAGGAGCUGGACCUUACCGCACCGAACAAAGCGGCCAUGAUGAGCCUACCACCGCAGAAAAAGUGGCAAAUCUACUGCUCGCGCAAAAGCCCGCUCGACAGUGGACCGAACGGUACACCGCUCCAAACAGUGCCACCCUCGCCCGAACACUACAUCGAACGGUUAAAGGAUAUGGCGGUACAGCUGAAGGCAUGCGCACCGGACGAAUCCCCGACGCACGAGUACGGUCCCAAGAUCGAGUCGCAAACAGCGCUGUUCGAUGCGCUCAAGACGGCCCUCCGUACCUCGGCACACAGCUUCGUGAUUCGGUUUAUCGAACUGCAAGGACUGCCGGCACUGCUCGAGCUGCUGCAGGUGCUCGAUAUACGGGUAGCGAACAGUCCGCUGCACACCAGCCUGAUCGGAUGUAUUAAGGCGCUGAUGAACAACUCUACCGGCCGUUCGCAUGUGCUUGCCCACCCGACCGGUAUCGAUACGAUCGCACGGUCGCUGGCGGCGGACAAUAUCAAGACAAAGAUUGCCGCACUGGAAAUACUCGGCGCAGUAUGUUUGGUGCCGGGCGGACACAAGAAGGUGCUAACCGCGAUGCUCAACUACCAGGAGUACGCGGCGGAACGGGCCCGCUUUCAGGGCAUCGUGAACGAUCUCGACCGCUCGACCGGUGCGUACCGGGAUGACGUCAACCUCAAGACGGCCAUCAUGUCGUUUAUCAACGCCGUGCUGAACUACGGCCCCGGCCAGGAGAAUCUCGAAUUUCGGUUGCAUCUGCGCUACGAGUUCCUGAUGCUUGGCAUCCAGCCCGUCAUCGACAAGCUGCGCAAGCACGAAAACGAUACACUCAACCGCCAUCUUGACUUUUUCGAGAUGGUGCGCAACGAGGACGAGAAGGAGCUGGCGCGCAAGUUCGACCACGAGCACGUGGACACCAAGAGCGCUUCGGCCAUGUUUGAUCUGAUACGCCGGAAACUAAGUCAUUCGCCGGCCUAUCCGCAUCUACUGUCGCUGUUGCAGCAUAUGCUGCUGCUGCCCCCUCCCAGCACCGGGCCGAACGCUCAGCACUGGCUACUGUUCGAUAGGGUUGUGCAGCAGUUGGUGUUGCAGCACGAGGAGCGUCCUGCCAGUGACUGUCUCGAUCCGGAUGCACCCGGUGUGGACAAACGCUCCGAAACGGGCUCGGUUGCGUCUGCAUCGCUCAAACUGCAGGAUCCGGAUGUAGCACCACUCUCGAUCGAUGUGCGCAAGAUCGUUAAGUUGCUCGUCAAGGAGGAAGAGCUGGUAGCGGCACGCACCCGGGCCGAAGAUCUGGAGCGUGAAAACUCCGAAAUCACGGCCCGACUCGCCAAAAAGGAACAGGAUCUCGACCAUCGGACGCAAGAAAAGGAAGACCUCGAAACCUCGCUGGCCCGUAUGCGUGAGCGGCUCGAGAAGGAAAGUGCCAAUCAUUCGCAGGCGGUACAGCGAGCCCUCAAUGCGGAGAUGCGCGCCGAAGAUCUGCAGCAUCGGUUUGUCAGUGAGCAGCAGGAACGGCUCCGGCUGGAGCGUCUCGUCACGGAGGGUAGCAUUCCCGACGAUCAGAAGGUUGCCGGAUUGCAGGGAGCCAAUUGUAAUGGACAGGCAACGUCACCUCCACCACCACCACCACCAGGACCCUGCAAACUACCACCUCCUCCACCACCACCAAUGAUGAUGCCUGCCGCACCGCCACCACCACCCGCACCCGGUGGUUUGCCGAAAAUGGCGCCGGCCGGACCGCAGGCACCCGCCGCUCCCAAAGCGCCGGAAGCACCGAAGAAGAACGUUCCCCAGCCGGCCAACCCGCUCAAGAGUUUCAACUGGUCGAAGCUGCCCGACAGCAAGCUGCAGGGCACGGUGUGGAGCGAGCUGGACGAUACCAAGUGGUACAACAGCAUUGAGCUCGAAUCGAUCGAUAAGCUGUUCUCCGCCUACCAGAAGAACGGUGUUGCGAACGAUGGUUCGAUCGAGGAUCUACGAUUGAUCGGCAAGAACAAGGCCAAGAUUUUGUCCGUAAUUGAUGGACGACGAGCACAGAACUGUACCAUUCUGCUCAGCAAACUAAAGAUGACUGAUGAGGAGAUCUCCAAGGCUAUCUUGUCGAUGGACUCCAAUGAGCAGCUACCGAUCGACAUGGUGGAGCAAUUGCUCAAGUUUACGCCAUCGGCCGAAGAGCGUGCACUCUUGGACGAACAUUCGGAAGACAUUGACUCACUGGCACGUGCCGAUCGGUUUCUUUACGAAAUCUCAAAGAUACCUCACUACGAGCAGCGGUUGCGCAGCCUACACUACAAGAAGCGUUUCCAGGUCACCGUAAACGAUCUAGCCCCAAGGAUCGCCAGCGUUAUGGAGGCAUCGCGCGAAGUAGCUCGAUCCCGCAAGCUGCGCAAACUGCUCGAGCUAGUCCUGGCGCUCGGCAACUACAUGAACCGUGGAGCGCGUGGCAAUGCGUCCGGUUUCCGACUCGCCUCGCUCAACCGCCUGGCGGACACAAAGUCUAGUGCGGCUAAGGGCACUACGCUGCUUCACUAUCUGGUGCAAAUCAUCGAGAAGAAGUUUAAAGACAUCCUUACGCUCGAGGAAGAUCUGCCGCACGUGAAGGAAGCGUCCAAGGUGUCGCUCGGCGAGAUGGACAAAGACAUUACGAUGCUUCGUGCCGGACUGGCGGAAGUGAACCGUGAGAUCGAGUUCCAUCGGAGUAGCGGUGCAUCGCAGCCCGGUGAUCGCUUCCUGCCGGUGAUGCGUGAAUUCCACGCGCAGGCAUCGGUACGUUUUGCCGAGCUGGAGGACCAGUUUCAAGAUAUGAAAACGAGGUUUGAUCGCGCCGUUCGACUCUUUGGUGAGGAUGGUUCGGUCGUGCAGCCGGAAGAGUUCUUCGGCAUCUUCGAUGGGUUCCUGUCCGCCCUAAUGGAGGCCAAGCAGGACAAUGAGAACUUCCGGCGGCGUCAGGAAGAGGAGGAAAAGCGUGCCAAACAGGAGGCCGAGCUCAAGAAACGUACCAUUGAACGUAAAUCGAAGGAAGGUCUGCUGAAUUCGGUGGCCGGUAAGCUGGGUCUCAAGUCGAAGCACACCAACGGUACCAACGGUGGCCCGGUAACGGCGGCCGACGCAAACAACAAGGGUGAGUUCGAUGACCUCAUUUCGGCACUCAGGACGGGUGACGUGUUCGGUGAGGAUAUGGCCAAAUUUAAACGUUCGCGCAAGACGCGCCUCGGACCGAACGGGACCAACAAUACGUCGCCACCGCGCAGCCGGAACAGCAUCGGACGUGAGGACAGCCGCGAACGGACCGGUGUCGUGAACCGGCGACAGUAGACGUCAACGUGUCUCCCACUCCCUUCCAUCCGGGUUUCGGUCAGCCGCCAAUGAUAGAUAGAUGAGAGAGAAAAAGAAAACCCCCGCGGCACGGAACGGCCAGUAGAUAAAUCAAUCUCAUCGCAAACGCAUGUAACACUGAUUGCAUACAUUUUGGCGCUGUUCUGUUAUGUUGGUUGCGGUACUGAGAUGCGAUCUAGGAGAAAUCGUGCGGAAAAUCGAUUGCCUUCCGUGUCCCUAGAUUUAUCCUUGAGUACGCGACUUGGUAAUUUUCCGUUCUGUUGUACAGUGCUACCGUGCAGUUAGCUUUAAGUUUACGUUCGAUCCCUCGUACCGACAUCGAAACCAAGAGUCAUCGUUAUCAGCCUAAAAGGUCUUCCUUCUUUAACUAGAGAUAGCAAAUAGCACACACACACACAGCUGCUCGGAAAAGUCACACACCCCCGCACAUAAACCCACAAAACCUUCUCCCCCCCCCCCCCCCCCCCGGCCCUGUAUUUUCCCAGUCCAAGGUUGUUUGCGAUUCGUCGUGUAAUUAAUUUAUUUUAAUCCUUAUUGCAUGCAUUCCUACACUACUAUACUAUGAAUUGAAGCGCUAUUUGAGGAGCAAACGGAAGAAUCGAGAGAGAAUUAGCAGCACAGGAAGGUUUAGAGAUUGGAAAAGGAAAAAUAUUUGCAAAGCCGAGUCUAGUACGUUCACGAAUGUAUAACACUCUGUUCGCUUUCGCACGAGAUUACGAGAUUAUUAAAAUGGAUAUUAUGGUGGAUCGAAAAAAAAAAUAAUCAAAAAUCCUUACACUUUGGAAACAUAUUAAGCUCAUGUCGUUGGAUUUCGUUUCCCUGUUUUUCAUAGGGCCAAAAACGUCUCGCCGUGCUUCUCGUGUGCAGCAUCCCAAAUUCAGGGGAUGUAUUUUAAAUGAUCCUUUCCUUUUAUGCCACUGCGAAUAGCGAAAAAAAAAGGCUUAAAAAGAUAAGUUUUAAACCAGCCGGGCUCCAAAAUGCCUCACACCUCAAUCAUCCCGCACGCACGAAAGUCGUAGUUAUGGCAAAUGCAUGUAGUGAUUCCGCGUGCGCGAAUGAAUUCCUUAUUCUAGUAGCAAAGUGAGAUGUGGAACAGAGGAAAAGUAUAUAGAUAUAGUAAUUCCUAGCGAUCGUCUCUUCAUCCUUUCUGUGCAACGUGUAGGAGAGGUUUGUUAGGAGCAAGAAUAAGGAGGAUUCUUUCCAUUCUGUUGUUUAUCGGUUAGAGUUUUCCGCGUUAGCCCAUAGGCCCCACGAUAGUCGAUAGUGUGUGAAGUUUUAGAUAGACAAGAAGAUCACCAUCCAACAAGCACCCGGGGUGAUGGUCGAAUUUGUUUUGCACCAGCAUCAUCAUCAUCACGAUCAUCAUUACUGUACAUAUAAUCCUGGUACAUCGAUUGAUUAGCGAGCGAGAGAGAGAGAGAGAGCGAGUGAAACUAGAUCGUUUUAGCGUUACGGGGAUGGACACUGUACAGGGGGCACCGUGGAACACGACUGCACAAGAAACACUUCAAACAGGACUUUACCAGAGAUUUGGACAGCACACACACAUACACACCCAAACGCAAAACCCAAGACAGAAUCGCAAUAUUCGCUUUUGAUGUCAG